AUGGCGGACGAGGGCGACGCCGCGAAGCCUCGGCUCGACGCCUCGGCGGCGAGCUUCAACUUUAACCCGAGCGCGAGCGCGUUCGAGUUCAAACCGCGCACCGUGACCCCGGUCGCGGGAGACGACGGGCGCGGGCCGACGCCGCCGCCGGGCGCGCCGCCGGCGAAGGCGGCGUCGCUCUCCAUCGGCGGACCGGCCAAGGCGGUGACGAUCGGCGGACCGGCCAAGGCGGUGACGAUCGGCGGACCGGCCAAGGCGGUGUCGCUGUCCAUCGGCGGACCGGCCAAGGCGGUGACGAUCGGAGGACCGGCGAAGGCGAAGGCGAGCGAAGACGACGCCGAAGGGGACGAGGCGGCGGCGGCGGCGAGCGCGGCCAAGGUUGAAAAGGUCGCGGCGAAAGUCGCGGAGGUCGUCAUCGAGGACGAAGUG